AUGCCGUCAUUUCUUCCCCUCUCCUUCUCUGUCAUUUACAGCCCCCCGCUUCCUCAUGCAGUCACAGACUUCUCCUACAUCCCUGCAGGCACAGCCACAGUUGACGUCCUCGUGCUAGACACUAACGACUCCCCACCGCGAUUCACCAAAUCCUUCUGGAAGGCCGAAGUGGAGGAAUCGGUGGAGCCCUCCAUCCCCAACAGAACCAUCCUCAAUGUCACCGUUCUAGACGACGAUGAGACGAACAACUUUUAUUUCGAGAUCCCAGAAGCUUACGAAGUGGCGUCAGAUAUGUUUAUCAUAGAGGCAAUUGGUGAUGGGAUCGGGGCUAUCAGACUGGCUAAACCUUUGGAUUUCGAGGACCCUUCACAAAGGUUAGGCUUUGAGUUUCAGAUCGUCGUGUCGGAUGUUGGAGAGGUCGCAGCAGAAGCUCAUACCGCUUCUGCUUGGGUGGAAAUAAGAAUAAAGGAUGUGAAUGAUAAUGCCCCAGUUUUUAAGGAAGAUUCAAUAGAAGUAAACGUCUCCGAAAAAAUGAUCAUCGGUUCGGCCAUAAGUACGUUUGUCGCCACUGAUGUGGAUAAUGAGGGAAGGGGCAAGAUUUCUUAUACGAUAGAUCCAAAAUCAGACAAGAUGGGACAUUUUUCAGUUAGCAGUGAGGGCACUGUGAAACUCCGACGUCCAUUAGACAGAGAGACUAUUCCUCGACAUCUUAUACUUAUCAAGGCCUCAGAUGAAGGCAUCCCCCAAAAGACCAGUACUGCAAACUUGACUGUCAAUGUUCUGGAUGAAAAUGACAAUGCACCAAGGUUCAGUAGAGCGUAUUUUCCAAUUUUACCAGAAAAUCAACCGUCAAGAAAAUUGAUUGAGGUUUCUGCAGUAGACGAUGAUGAUGCCACCAGAGGCAAUGGACCCCCCUUCCACUUUGCAUUAGAUAUAUCAUCAUCCACUGCUGAAAUCCAGGCUCUAUUUUCAGUGGAGCACAAUGCCACAGGGGAUAAUGGUCAGGGAGCGGCAGUAGUGUCUUCACUUGGAAGUUUUGACAGAGAGAUGCGCAAGGAAUACCACCUGCCAAUUGUUAUAGUAGACUCAGGGCAUCCACCUAUGACUGGCACUUCUACUCUCGUCAUAACCAUAGGAGAUGAAAACGACAAUCUAAUGAGACCAGGAGAGAAACGUGUCUCGGUCUAUACUCAUAAGAGCAUAUCCCAGGAAACACAAAUUGGGCGUAUCUAUGUGCAUGAUCCUGAUGACUGGGACUUGGUAGACAAAACCUUUAAUUGGAGUGGUAAACCACAUCCUAAUUUUAUCUUAGAUGAAGAUUCUGGUAUGAUCACCAUGCUUGCUGCUACAAGAAGUGGAGAAUAUUUGCUGGAGUUUCUUGUGCAAGACCACAAACAUUCACAGAACAAUGUCAAAGCUAAUGUCACUGUAAGUGUCAUUUACAUUCCCGAGAGAGUUGUCCAACAAGCAGCUUCUCUGAGGAUUGCUAACAUAACAGAUGAAUUCUUUAUUCAGACCUGGUAUAAUCCUGCAAAUGAUUCUGUGCCAAGUAAGGCUGAUUUGUUUAGAAGAGAAAUUUCAGAAAUGGUAAACACAGACGCAGAUAAUGUCCACAUCUUUAGUCUCAAACUUAGCAAAAGUAGACCACCAGUGACAGAUGUUCGGUUUACUGUCUUUGAUGGCCACUACUUUGAGGCAGGACUGUUAAGUGCUCUCGUAAUGGAGCAAAAAAAUGACAUUGAAACAAAGCUAGGCAUAAGCAUCAUAAUGAUUGGAAUAAAUGAAUGCCUUGAUGAAAGUGUGCCUUGUGACGGGUCUUGCACGAGCAAUCUUGUCAUUUCUGAUGAGCCUUACUUAGUAGAUGCUAAUAGGACCUCAGUUGUUAGUGUUAAUGUUAAUGUGAUCCCUGAAUGUGCCUGUCAAGCGAUUGAUUUUUCCAUAGCAAAUGUCAAAAAACAAACAGCGUGUCGUCCUAAACCCUGUAAAAACCGUGGGAAAUGCAUCAGAGAAAAAGAUGGGACUCACUGUGUGUGCCCUAAAGGACUUCAAGGUCCAAGGUGCCAGAUGUUAACAAUGACGUUUGAAGGCAAUGGCUACAGCUGGUUCCCAAGUCUGGCAACAUGUGACAAGAACCACAUAAGUGUAGAGUUUGUGACCGUGCGUAAACAUGGACUCAUAUUCUACAAUGAUGCCUUAACUUUUUCUCGGGAGAAGGGGCAUUUCACCUCCGACUUCAUAUUGCUUGAGAUUGAAAAUGGACAGUUGAGGUUCUUGACUGACUAUGGCUCUGGCACAAUUCAGCUGAGGGUUAAUGGAACGGGAAAUCUGGCAGAUGGGCGAUGGCACAGAGUUGAUUUGUUUUUGGAAACAAGGAGUAUAAGUGUAGAAGUGGAUCACUGCAUGACUGCAAUUGUUCAAGAACCACACGAGCAGCUGAAAGGUAUGUUUGAUACAUCAAGUUGCCGCGCAGAAAGUCAGGUUCCUCCUUACAGUAGAUACCUGAAUCUGAAUGGCCCGCUGCAAGUUGGGGGAAUUCGGCAUUAUUCCUUUCAGAGAAAUCCCAAGAAUACAUUCACUCCAAGUGUACAGCCUUUCUCUGGCUGCAUCAGGAACCUGAUGCUGAACGGGCACUUUUAUGACUUCUCACAGCCUCUUCUCCACAACAACACUUCUUGGAAAUGUAAACCGUUCGAGGAGAUAUGCAGGGGAAACAAAGGCACCGAGUCUAAUGACUCCUUCGAGUCAUGUUCCCACGGGACCUGUGAAGGCUCCUUCCAUCAUCCAGUCUGUGUGUGCGAUCCUGGUUGGACAGGAACAACCUGCAGUGAGCGUACAGUCCCUGCUUAUUUUGGCAAUGUCUCUUAUGUGAAAUACGCACUUUCCUUCAAACCAAACACUUAUAGCAUGAAUAUCCAACUGCGAUUCCGAACGUGGGAGUUAGCAGGAGUACUACUGCAUGUAGCUAAUCAGUACAAUCAAGAAUUCGGCACUCUCCAGAUUGAAGACAGUCGUCUUCUCUUCCGUUUCAACACAAACAGUCAUUCGAAAGAAGAGCAAAUUGUUCAACUGUCUCAUGUGAAUGUGAGUGAUGGUGAAUGGCAUUUAGCAGCCGUUGCACGCAUUGGAGUCAUUGUCAUCCUUUCUCUGGACGAAGGUGAUGGAAACUGGUAUAAUGAAUCCUACAGGAGUGACUCAAGUCACUUGCUGAUAGAUGUCGAUCUCCAGGAAGGCGUCGUUGUUGGAGGGAAGGUUCGUUACUCUGGAGUAGAUCAUUUAACCGUUGAUGAAGAUUAUAGACAAGGUUUGUUAUACUUUAGUAAGAGGUGA